GGCCAUCCCAUUGAAUGGCAUUGAUGGAAAGAAUGCAAUUAUGGAAAGAAGAUCACUCGUUACAGAUAAAGGAGAUACGUCGAUAACACUUCAUUUUGACUCUAUCAGACGUACGGAGCUUCAUAACGUAAUAACGAGUACAGAGAGUAAAACAUGUAAGCAGAGAUUUGAUAAACGAAGACGGUAUGGGCCUUAUGGGUCGUUACCAUACGGUCAUUGUAAUUUAUAAUUAUUUGUUAUAUAAUUGUAUUUUUGAGCUUUUGAAUAAAAUAUCUAUGUAUUAUCAGAAGUUUAUCGAUUUUUCUAAUAUUUACCUGUAUUACAAUAUAAAAGUUUUUAAGUAAAAACAUCAGCCACCAAGCGUUAUUCGUAAAAAUGGAUACACGGUGGAAACACCCUUGGACCUCUAUGAUCUGCGGUCCCACAGGCUGUGGUAAAACCUUUUUUGUGAAAAGAUUUUUUCGGAAUAUGAAUUUUAUGAGUGAUACCAAGUUUGACCGCGUAUUAUUUUACUAUUCAGAAUGGCAGGUUACACCGAAUAUGGUGAUAAUGUCGAAUUUCGUGAAAGUCUACCGCGAAAUGAUGACUACGCUGAUGAUCCACGGCCAAAGCUUAUUGUUAUUGAUGAUCUCAUGCGCGAAGCAUCCGAUAACAGUGUUAUAGAUUUAUUCACGAAAGGGAGUCAUCAUAAAAACCUCAGUGUCAUUUUUAUUACACAAAAUUUAUUUCACCAAGGACGUGGUAUGCGCGAUAUUUCAUUAAAUGCUAAUUAUAUAGUUGCGUUUAAAAACCCAAGAGAUCGGGCCCAAAUACAGCAUUUAGCGCGCCAAGUUUACUCUGAAAAUACACGGUUCUUAUGGGAGGUAUAUAACGAUACAACUACACCAGCACACGGUUAUUUAUUACUUAAUUUAAAGCAAUCCACACCGGAGAGUUGUCGUUUUUGCACCCAUAUAUUUCCUGAUGUUAAGUACCAACAUGUUUAUAUACCACGUAAAAAACUAAAAGAUAGGAGUACCGCACAGGAAAUAUCAAUAAUACGUAUCUAAUAUUUUUACAAAAUUUAUCUGAUAUAUAGAUGUGUUUUUUAAUGUGCUUAAAUACGAUCAUGAAUUCAAAUUUUGUCAGUAGUCAAAAUGUUUUUCAUCUUGGUAGACAAUGACGAUACCAUCGAUGAGUUAACAGUUGAACAAUUACAAUUUAUACCAAAAAUUAUUUUACUACGGGAAUUCGGUAAUCACAUAGAUUAUCUGUGGGAUAAGCUUCCUGAGUAUAUAAAGAAAGAUCCAGAAGUGUGUAGUUAUCGCCGUUGUUUAAAACAUUAUAAUCAAGUGACUCAACAACUGCAUAUUGAUGGCCC